AUGGCUCUAUCGGACAUCUUCCCAAUCUUUAUGGUCGCUGGCGCCAUUUGGGUUCUGGUAUACUGUAUUCUGAUGACACAAAAGAUUUUCAUGGACAGCCAGUAUCAAGAGAUUCAGCCGAAACGGAAUGGGGAGGAGGACGACGUCGAGCAUCUUCAUCCACCGCCAUCGCCACGUCAUCCGAGGCCAAAGAGAUGUUUGGAUGAUAUUGAUGUGGAGCAAGGAUUAACCCGCAACAACGAUCAGACCCCACGGGCCUUCUUCCCCUACUAUCUAUGA